AUGACCGCAGCAGUUGACAUCCGAUUCGAGAACGCAACCUCACAAGCACGCCGCCACGAGGAGCUCGUCAACGACUACCACAAGCUCGUGCGAAAGAUCGCCUACCGUGUCUUGCGCAAGUUGCCCGAAGAUCAGAUCAGCGUCGAGCUCGACGAUCUGGUCAACAUCGGGAUGCUCGGUUUGUUCGACGCGGACUCGAAGUACGACCCGGAGGCGGGGCAGAGCUUCGAGAGCUUCGCCGAGUUCCGCAUCCGCGGCGCGAUGCUCGACGAGUUGCGCAAGCGCGACUUCUUCCCUCGCCGCCUGCGCGCCAAGGCCAACCGACUCCAGCGCGCAGAGACCAAGCUGCGCACCUCGCUCGGGCGCGAGCCGACCGAUGACGAGUUGUGCGAGGUGAUGGAGCUGACGCUCGAGCAGUUCCAGAAACUUCGCCGCGACACGCUCCCCUACUCCUUUGUCGACCAGUCCGACCCCACCAUCCAGCUGCGCGAUAAUUCGCAGAGCCCCUUCCAGGCCGUCUUCGAGCUCGAGCGCCACCACGUGCUCGUGGAAGCGCUCGAGCGCCUCUCGGACCGCGAGCAGCUGAUCCUCGACCUGUACUUCAAUCAGGACUUCGCCCAGCGAGAAAUUGCCCAGCUGCUCGACCUGACCGAGGGACGCAUCAGCCAGAUCAAGAGCGCUGCGCUGAAAAAGCUCC